UUAGACAUGUUGAAGUAAAAUGCGGUAUUUUUAUUUAACGAUACUGAUUUUGUUGCAAAGCGUUAUCGACGCAGCAAUAUUCCCGGAUUUGAAAAGCAAUGGUUUAGAAACUUCGUACGAAGAUUAUAAGACAAAUCCUGGUCUCCAAAAAACUAUGAGACAUUUCCAAAAUGAGAAAGACGAUAACGUACAAGAGAAUAUUCAGAUGAAACAUAUGAAAAAUGACAAAAACUUAAACGUCUAUAUGGAUUUGCUUGCUUCGAAAUUGGCUGAAUAUGAUCAUAGAGGCGCUUCACGAAAACAUUUAAAUGGACAUCCCAUAUUUAAUGAGUUAGAAAAUAAAAGGCUUAGAAGUUUGAGAAGGCAACGUCUGACCGAAGAUGUAGACACUUCAAGCGAUAGUUCUAGCAGAUCAAGGGAACUGAAAAGGGAAAUGGAGGAGAGAGACGAAGAAUGGCUUUUAAAAAAAAUGCAGGCACUUAAUUCAUCGGCACUUAGAGGUGACGUGGCCAAUAUGGCAGCCGCUAGACCAUGGUCCGUUCCUUGUGGAGAUCCAAUACAACAUGAUAUGCCAUGGGGUACCUGCAUGCUAAAUAUACAAUGUGAGCCCGAGUAUAGAAUAUAUCGCGGCGACUCCUUCUGUGGAAAGACUAAGUUCGUUUGUUGCGCACUCCAGCUGACUAACUACGACUUGUAUAAAGGGCUGGACCUUUCCGCGGCCGGCACGAGUUUCUCCACAGAUUCGAAUGAAGAUUAUUAUAACAAAAUUUUAGGAUCACGUGAAAUUGAACACAAAAAAAAUCGUCGAGAAAGGAAACAACGUAAAUUGGACAGAGCCAAGAGGAAAAAGAAAAUGAUAAAGAGUAUUAAAAGGAUAGUACAAGAAAUUAAAAGUAUAUUGAACAAGGCAUAUAGUAACGCCACUAAUAUACGACAAAAAAGGACAUCGCGAAUUAGACAGAUGAUAUAUAAAAUGAAGGAGCAAUUUCGGCUAGAUCGUAAAGCUGUAAUAACUGCGCAUCAUUCAGAACUAAAGGGUAAAGAUUUAGCUUUACAAGCGAAGCUUAACCGUAUUAAAAACCUUAACGAGGAGUUUAUGACUAAUGAUACGUUUAGAAGUAUCAUUAUAAAUGGCACGGUUGAUAAAGAGAAGUUGCAGGCAGUAUUACGGCAGUAUCCGCAGCUGCAGGAAUAUAUGAAAGCUGAGAGACGUGUGGAUGGUGGUGACGCAGAUACGGAAUCGGAAGAGACGGUAGCUCAGAAACUGAAGAUAGAGGAUGCGAAUCCUAAAAUGGAGUAUUACGACGUCGAAUACGGAAUGAUGUAUUUUUGA